CCCCCCCCACGGUGCGAAUCGUGCACUCGGGCCUGGCGUGCAACAUCGAGGAGGAACGCUACUCCGAGAGGGUCUACACCAUCCGCGAGGGCGAGACACUGGAGCUGACCUGCCUGGUCACCGGCCAUCCUCGGCCACAGAUCAGGUGGACCAAAACAGCAGGAAGUGCCUCUGACAGAUUUCAAGACUCGAGCGUCUUCAAUGAAACCCUGAGGAUAGCCAACAUCCAGCGGCACCAGGGAGGACGCUACUACUGCAAGGCUGAGAACGGCUUGGGCUCGCCAGCCAUCAAGUCCAUCAGAGUGGACGUGUACUAUUUGGACGAUCCAAUAGUGACAGUCCACCAGAGCAUUGGGGAAGCGAAAGAGCAGUUUUACUAUGAGCGAACGGUGUUUCUCAGGUGCGUCGCCAACUCCAACCCUCCCGUUCGGUACAGCUGGCGACGCGGCCAGGAGGUGUUGCUCCAAGGGUCUGACAAAGGAGUGGAGAUCUACGAGCCCUUCUUUACCCAGGGAGAAACAAAGAUCCUGAAGCUGAAGAACCUCCGACCUCAGGACUACGCGAAUUACAGCUGCAUCGCCUCGGUGAGGAAUGUCUGCAGCAUCCCUGACAAGAUGGUGUCCUUCCACCUCUCGAAUAAAACAGCAUCCCCUUCAAUUAAGCUUCUUGUGGAUGACCCGAUAGUGGUGAACCCCGGUGAAGCAAUCACCUUAGUCUGCGUGACGACAGGAGGGGAGCCAGUCCCCAGCCUGACGUGGGUGAGGUCUGCCGGCAUCCUGCCCGAGAAGACGGUCCUGAACGGCGGCACUUUAACGAUACCGGCCAUCACAUCGGAAGAUGCUGGCACAUACAGUUGCAUCGCCAAUAACAAUGUUGGAAAUCCUGCUAAAAAGUCCACCAACAUCAUCGUCAGAGCCUUAAAAAAAGGACGUUUUUGGAUCACCCCUGACCCAUAUCAUAAAGACGACAACAUCCAGAUUGGGCGAGAGGUGAAAAUCUCCUGCCAGGUGGAAGCCAUCCCUUCUGAAGAGCUUACGUUCAGCUGGUUUAAGAAUGGACGCCCCUUGCGGAGCUCUGAAAGGAUGGUCAUCACACAGACUGACCCGGACGUUUCACCGGGCACCACCAACUUGGACAUUAUUGACUUGAAAUUCACAGACUUUGGGACGUACACGUGCGUUGCUUCUCUGAAGGGAGGUGGCAUCUCGGAUAUCAGCAUUGAUGUCAACAUCUCCAGCAGUACAGUCCCACCCAAUCUGACUGUUCCUCAAGAAAAGUCACCCCUGGUGACCCGGGAAGGGGACACGAUCGAGCUGCAGUGCCAGGUGACGGGGAAGCCCAAGCCCAUCAUUCUCUGGUCCCGAGCGGACAAGGAGGUGGCGAUGCCGGACGGGGCGAUGCAGACGGAGAGCUACGAUGGGAUCCUGAGGAUAGUGAACGUGUCCAGGGAGAUGACGGGAACCUACAGAUGCCAGACGAGCCAAUACAAUGGGUUUAAUGUGAAACCCAGAGAAGCUUUGGUACAGCUCAUUGUACAGUGUGAGUAG